CUGGUUCGCUCUGUUCCAGUAAUCCCAGCCCAGUCUGGAUUCAGUGGGAAUGGUGUAACUACCAAGCACGAGCACAGGAUAUUAAAGAAACUGGAUUAGUGUAUACAUUACCGAAACGGCAGUGAUAAGGACUUCUUGCUACACCAGAGGCCACCCUCUGUCUAACUCUCAGCUCUCAGGAUGUCCAGUAUGGUGUUGCUGUAGCGGAGAGGACAGCCACCUUAAAAUCUGCAGACAGGGACUCGGCCAGUUAAUCAUCAUGCCUCGAUCAAGGCCUAACUGUAGCUCAAUCUGGCUCCUCUGUCUUCUUCUGGGCCUCUUGGCUAUGCACACUCAUGCCAACGCUGAACUUACUGUACCCCAGCAGGUGAGCCUGUCAUCCGACAUGUCUGCACAGCAACUAUCCAUAUCCUGGCUGGGAGGAACAGCGGCAACCUUUGACCUCAUGAUUCUAAGAACUGAACUCAAUGAAACUGUUUUCUAUGAGACUGUGUCUGUGCCGGUGAAUCCGAUGAACGGUCGCCACCAGUGGAACUGGACCUCAGUGGAACCUCUGGAAUGUACCUCGCUGUCAGUCCAAAUCCGCUCAAGAAAUGGACAGAUGACAAGUGAAUGGAGCAACACUCAGAUACUUCAAGGAAGCGAUCUCCCCAGCAAUGAGAAAUUCCAGAUGUACCCCCAGGACAGAGUUAUACCUGUUGGGGCCAACACCACAUUCUGUUGCAUUGUGGAAGAGGGGAAGUUAUUUGGCACAAUGCUCACUGGCAACAUGCGAAUCGUGAACAUGACACGACUGAGUAGGCGGAGCUACGCCACAACAUUGGUUAAUCAACGACCAUCCGGCCGUACAGGAUCCAACAUCCUUUGUUUUGACAACCUGAAGACAAAACUAACUGGAGCAGUGGUGUUUGUUGGAUAUCCACCACUGCCGACUGAUUUUGUGUGCGAGACUCGUGACUUAACAUCAGCUGUUUGCCAGUGGAAUGAAGGACGAGACACACACUUGUAUGGCAGACGAGGAACGUUCUACUCUGUGAACAAGAGUCCGGAACAGAAGCACAGAGGGUAUACUGUGAACCGGUGGGAGGGUAACUGGACACUAGUGGCAGUGAAUCCUCUUGGCCAGUACAGCCUCACUGACUCCGCUGAGCUCAGUCACAGAGUGCAUCCAGUAGCACCAACUAACCUGUUCGUACCUGUCAGUGCCUGGAAUGCCACUGUGCUGUGGCAGUGGGAGUACAACAGCUAUUCCUCACUGGCUCUUGUCUGCCAGGUAGAGCUUAACUCCCAUGGAUACAAAACAACGCGUACCUUCUCUGGUGUGGGUCUGCGGUCAGUGGUUCUGACGGACUUGUAUCCUGAUGAGGAUUACAUUGUUCAAGUCCGCUGUGUUGCCCAGAAGAAUUUCUGGAAAUGGGGAGACUGGAGUGCACCACUUUCCUUUAAAACCAAAACUACUGUUCCGGACACUCCUGAUGUGUGGGUUUGGAUGAACAGAGACAACACUGGGCAGGUCGUUUGGAAGCCACUGACUCGACGACAGAGCCACGGACAGCUCACGGGUUAUGAAGUUACUUUCUGGAGCCCUGAAGAAAAUCACACAGAAAUCUUUUCAUCAGAUACUUUUGCCGCUCCCUUUAACAUCACACAGAUCACUGCCUUCUGCGGUAACAAGAUUACAGCAACUGUCAUUGCAAAGAACAAUGAUGGUGUGUCUGAACCUGCGGGUGUUCUUAUACCCCUGCAUUUGACAGAUGAGGAGUCGCUUGCUGUGUCCACGGCGGUUUAUUCAGACAAAGGUUUCCCUUUGUAUUGGUCAAGCAUUGCCAAUGCGACCUGUGGUUAUAUGGUGGAAUGGUAUGAAGCCUCCUGCAAGCGGGACUGUCCUGUUGAGUGGAUCAAGGUGGCUGCUGGAAACACUAAUGUCUCCCUGGAGUCAGCCAACUUCCAGCCGGGUGUGAGGUACAACUUUUCCCUGUACAGAUGCUCCUCAGAGCCCCCAGAGUUGCUGCAGCGCUGGCAAGGAUACAUGCAGGAGCUGGUCCCCUCCAGUCCUGUCUCUCUGUCAGCUCAUCAGCAGGACUCUGAUAUUCUGCUCACCUGGGGAGAGAUCCCACUGGUCAACAGAAGAGGCUUCAUCUUGGGCUAUAAUAUUUAUGUCAGUAACGGCCCCCAGCUCACACUUCUAGCCAAUCUUUCAGGGGUAGGAACCAGGAGCUACACAGUAAAAGGUCUCUCAGAGGGCUCGUAUAAAUUCAUUGUCAAGGCCUACACAGCAGCAGGAGAGGGCACAGGCGCCCCUGCCUCCCUGAGCCUGGAUCUGUAUGCAGACUGGCUGAUACUGGAAAUCUUGGCGUCCCUAGGUUUCACAGCCUUAUUCCUGGUCAUUGUCACCUUCAUUUGCUACAAGAAAAGAAAAUGGGUGAAAAAGGCAUUCUAUCCAGACAUACCUGAGCCCAAGCUGGCUGGUAAUUGGUCCAGGUCACAGGGGCCAUUGGAUGUGAAGCCAUCUCCCCACAGUAUGGUCCAUAUCGUAGAAAAGCCUGAGUGGGAUUCUAGUAAAGAAAUGCUUGUUGUCAUUCCUGAAGAAGAUGAGGAUGAUGAGGAGCAGAGGAUAGGAGACGAGCCAGUUGACACAGAUGAGCCAACAUCAUUACGCUACUACAACCAGGUGGUAGAUGAGCGGCCCAUUAGACCGCGUUUCCCAGACUCCUCUGCUUCUUCCGCAUCUUCUUUGGAUUCAGCACGCACCGAUGUGACAUACACAGGGAUUCAGACCUCGGGGUCUUCUUUGGUCUGGCCAAUGGAUCCUCAGUGCUCCUCUGAGGUUCUCCGACCCCAGGCUGAUCUGUCCUUCAGCUGUGGAAAUGGAGGUGGAGGUUACAGGCCCCAGAUGCAACCUCAAACCCAAAGUUUAGACAUGGGCCUGGCUUCACCCGAGUCUCUAGAGCCCCAGGCUGCCAGUGCUGGGGGCUAUAAACCCCAGAGCUCCUGGCAUUUUGACUCCCCCGUGGAGGCCGGGGAAAACAGCGGCUUGGCACCCUCCCUUGGAUCCCCCACCUCUAUUGCUUCCACUCAGUUCCUCCUCCCUGAUGGAGAGGAAAACGCGGAGGAGAAACGACAACUGUCCUCAUCGGCAGCAACCUGGUUCACCAACCUGCUGUCAUCUACCAAGCCGUGAUAUCAUCUCUCUCACACUACUAGCAGCCAGGCCAGGGGGUGCUAAACUAAAGCUUAGAGAUUCAUUACUGUUACCAGUGUCGUGCAUCAAACAGACCUUGCUCGUACGGUUUAGGUAAAUAUCCCCUCUGAUGUAGCACUACAUCCUGACAGUUGCACUUUGACAGCAGGAUAAUUAUGCUAUUUCAUGUCAAAGUUGAUUUACACUUUCACACAAAUAUGAAAAAAAUAUCAAAGUCUGUAUAUUUAUAUGUCAAAACGUUUCCAUCCUGACAACAAGAUUUCUUCAUUUCUUGAUAUCUGCCACCUUAACUGCGCCCCCUUGGCAACCUGGUGGCUGUUGCAUUCCCUCACUGCCUUUUCUGUGACUCCCUUCAAUGGGCAUUUAGCAAUGGCAUAUCCUGUGUUUCAACUGAGUAUAUCAAGUUUUUAGCUUGCAUUUCAAAUGUCUUUAUUUUUUUGUGAUGUGUGAACUUUACUACACUACAGAAGAAAGCAGAAACCAAGGUUUCGUUCCAAAUGUCUGCACAUUAAAAAUAAUGGACAUUUUUAGAAGACCACUACAAAAGAACAGUUUCAACAGAAGAAAGCUACGUAGAGAGAAAACCUCCCUGUCAUUAGUAUCCAUGUCUUCUGCUGAUGAGCUACUGAAUGGGAAUGGAAGAAUGACUGUAAAUCAAUAACAAGGUAGCUCCCAUUCUUGCAAAUGUAAUCUCCUUUUCACAUUUAGUGUCUGAACAGUGAGAUGUUGCAGAUGCACGGUCAUAUUUUUUUUCAGUUACAGGAGUGGUGCUUUCUAUUAUGGUCUGGAAUUGUGUGGGUGAAGAGCCCAAUUGAUAUACACUGAUAUAAGCUAAAAUAUAAACACAAACUGAUGUAAUUAAUGAACAGACACACUAUUGUGUUACUUUUGAUUGUUUUCAUUGUUGUUUUGUCUGCAUUUUUUUCUUGUUAUGAAACACAUUUCACAGUUAGGCCAGUGUAAUGUGAAAGUAAUGUGUUAAGCUUCAUGCUCAACUGGAUGAUUGGUAUUGAGCAAAUUAUGAUAAUUACCUUAGAUGGGUAAAUACACAGUCAAUUGCCUGCUUUCAGUGAUAUAACAUUUCACAUACUGUUUUGUUCCUAAAUGUAAAACGAAAAGGAAUAUCUUACAGUAAUUCAGUUGAACUGAUCAUAAAUGUGUUGGACUUACAAAUUUUACUAACACUGAGCAUAAUGUCCCAAAAAUGUCAAUUUUAAUCAGUUUUAGUACAUGCAGACAUUUUUACAUUUUGGGGACAUAAUUUAGGCAGUAUUGCAGCCAGCCCUUAGUAUAUUUGUGUGGUUGUGAAGAAUUAUUUUUCUUUUGUUGCUUUAUCUUCAAGCCAAGAGAGAUUGCCGAUAAUGCAUUUGAUGUUGACAUGCUGUGCUUGGAAGCUUGUUUAUUUUUAGGGAGCUCUAAUGUCAAGAAAGUACCUUUUUUUUAAAAAAAAAAAACAAAAAACGACUACUAUCUUUUCAUUUCAAAUGUUUCCUGAGGCCUCCUUGUAAAUGUUAUGGUUUGAAAAGGAGACCAAACGGAAAGCAUGAAUAUGGAAAUUAUAAAAAAUUUCCAGAAAUGCUAUUAUGUAGCUUUUGUUUACAACAAUGUGAGGAAAUUACCUUUGGCAUCCCCAUAAUGGUGUCAAACACAGGACACUAACAGCCCACGUACAGUCCGCAGACUACAUUUGCUCCUCUCUAUUGUGUACAGAGUGGGCGCACCGUUGGUUAGGCUUCCCAAAAGCAUCAUUAUGCAAACGUUGUUCAGGAUGUUUAUUUUAUUGUAUACAGUAAGGCCUUGGCUUGCCCAUGAGGCAGUUUGUGGUCUAUUGUUUCUCAGUGCCUCCAGCCAACAAGCUUUAAGUAAAACUACUGUGACAUGAAUGAUGAUUUAGAUGAACUUAUAACGAUGGCUUCACUGAUGAACGGAUAACAGGCAGGCAGUCCUCUUUGACUACUACUAAUGUAUCCCUUCUUUCUCUUUGUCUUGUAACACUGAUCUGAAUUUCAACUUGAUUAGCAGGAGAAAAAAAAAUGUUUAAAGAAUAUAUCAAAAGCCGCAGUUUGGACCGGUCGAAUAGAGUAAUGGGUGAACCGGGCAGUUGCAUUUUUUUUAACCAGUGAUAACUUCAAGGCAGUGAUUAGAUGUGGAUAUAGUUUUGAGUAUUUAAACAUGGCUGCAGAUUGUUUUCCUUUGAAGCCUGCUUCCUCAAGCAAGCAGGGCUUUGGAGACUAACCUAUGAACGCUAUGUGUUACAUGCUUUUAUGUUGAUUUGGAUCAACAAAAUGGCACCCUUUUUUAAAAUUUUUCCUUGAAAUCUUUGUUUUGUUUUGUUUUUUUACAACCAACUGUACAUAAUUAAAAUGUUUUAAUUAUUUUUCCCCUUACAAUACAUGUUGUUUUACAUUGGAAAUAAUAUAAACUAUACUAUAAAAGGCAGAUGUUGACUAACCAGCUUUCUUGGGGGGAAAAAAGGCAUAUGUUUGUGUUGAUGGCACCAUAUCUAGAGUUCUGUGAAAUGUUGAGGCAUCACACUGUAUAUUUGUUGUGUGCUUAAACACAAUGGAAUCAUUUUUAAAUAUGUAUGAAAAAUCCUGUAAACUGAAUAAGAAUUUGUUAUCCUGUCUCGAUAGUUCAGCCUGCUUUGCAUUCCUGUGUUAUUACAGCAUUGUCACUUUGCCAGACAUCAUAAGCAUAUGGUUGGAGUACUCACUAUGCAGACUUAUACAUGGCAACUGCUGACAUGCAAUUUUACAUUUAAGGCCUUACUUUUGACCCUGUCCAUCAAUGUUUUUAAUUCUAAAUUUGCUCUUUAGAGCAUUAAGAUUUUGUGGUUUAUACAGCAAGUGUACGUUGCUGUAUAAAGUAUUUUUACAAAUACUAAAUGUAAAAAUACAGAUACACGUCAUCAUCUCUAGCCCUGCAUGCUGUAUAAAUUAUCACUACAGAAAAAGUGGCUUGUAAAUCCCUAAAACUCCAUGUUUACGUUACCCUAUGGCUUUAAAACACUAACACUGACAAAUGUUGUGCAUGGCAACUCUACUGAUGUAUUGUGCACCUGCAGAGAGGCUUUCAUUUCUGAAAAUGCGUUACGUUUCAUGAAUCUUUUGCAGAAUAUUUUACUAUUGAUUGAAUGAAGAGAGAUAGUGAAGUACUUAAGAGCGAAGAAAAUAAAUGUUAACACUAAUAACACAAACUGAAAUGCUACUUGUUUAAAGGCAAUAAAGUUAAUUGUCGAGUCACUUG